UACACGACGAGUCGCGACUCAGAGGGUUUCUUCUUUCUGUUUUCCGUCUAUUGGAAUUUUCUAGGCGGACAGUGUUAGCCAAGCGAGAGGUUAACGCUUUCGGAAAAUAUGGAGCAGCAGAACGAUAAGGAAGAAGGAGAGCGACCCGAAGAAGCGGCGGGAGGGAAGGAAGGGUUUGAAGAGAAUAAAGAGAAAGCGGCGGAGAUGAGCCGUAAGGAGAAGCGAAAAGCGAUGAAGAAAUUGAAGAGGAAGCAGGUGAGGAAGGAGAUAGCGGCGAAGGAGAGAGAGGAGGCGGAGGCCAAGUUAAACGAUCCGGCGGAACAGGAGAGACUAAAGGCGAUUGAGGAAGAGGAGGCACGGAUGAGAGAAAAGGAGCUCAAGGAGUUCGAGGAGAGCGAGAGAGCUUGGAGAGAGGCUAUGGAGAUUAAGAGGAAGAAAGAGGAGGAAGAAGAAGCGAAGCGGGAAGAGGAAGAGAGGCGUUGGAAGGAUCUAGACGAGUUGAGAAAGCUCGAGGCAAGUGGGAAUGAUGAAUGUGGCGAGGAUAGGGAUGGUGAAUCUCAAUACAUCGAAGAAGGGCCUCCAGAAAUUAUAUUCCAAGGAAAUGAAAUCAUUCUCAAAAAGAACAAAGUGAGGGUUCCUAAGAAAUCGAUACCUCAGGUGGAUGGGAAUAAGAUUGCUGACAGGCCUACAUCAAAUCCUCUAUUUCCGGGAUCAGAAGCUUUUCCCAUUGUUCAUAAUGUUAGUUCUGCUCAACAGAUUCUGGAUAAUGUUGCACAAGAAGUACCUAACUUUGGAACUGAGCAGGAUAAAGCUCAUUGUCCUUUCCAUUUAAAGACUGGAGCUUGUCGGUUCGGCCCGCGGUGCAGCAGAGUUCAUUUUUACCCUGAUAAAUCGUGCACUCUACUUAUGAAGAACAUGUAUAAUGGUCCUGGCACUGCUUGGGAACAGGAUGAGGGGCUUGAGUAUACAGAUGAGGAGGCUGAACGUUGUUACGAAGAAUUUUAUGAAGAUGUUCAUACAGAGUUCCUGAAGUAUGGAGAACUUAUUAAUUUCAAGGUGUGUAGAAAUGGCUCAUUCCACUUGAAGGGCAAUGUAUAUGUGCAGUACAGAUCACUGGAAUCAGCUAUUCUUGCCUACGAGUCCGUAAAUGGUCGAUACUUUGCUAAAAACCAGGUGAAAUGCGAGUUUGUCAACAUCUCAAGAUGGAAAGUCGCCAUAUGUGGGGAGUACAUGAAAUCCAGGCUUAAAACUUGUUCUCGUGGAUCUGCUUGCAAUUUUAUCCACUGUUUCCGAAACCCGGGUGGAGACUAUGAGUGGGCCGACCAUGACAAACCACCUCCAGGAUUCUGGAUUCAGAAAAUGACCGCUUUAUUUGGUUAUUCAGAUGAAUACUUGAAGCACAUGGAGCGUGAAUAUUCAGGGUCGUUACAUGAUUUUAGAUCAGAUCAACCAACAGAUUCACAUAGGCAACCUUCAAGAAGAUCUAGAUCGAGGGAUUCUUAUAGGAGCCAUAAGAAUCACGGUGAUACUCGGGACAGUACUCGUGGAUACAAACUUGGUAGGCAUGACGAGAACUGUCAUGGUGGAGAUUACAGUCCAAGCAGUACCAGAGGCGGUAGUUUAGAGAGGGAGAAGUAUAGAGAGCGAAGGUAUGCUAAGGAGACAUCGCGUCAUGAAAGCAAAUGGUCUGAAUACUCUCCUGGACAUCGGGUGAUUAGGAAAAGAAUCCAUGGCAGAUAUUCCGAUGAUGAUUCUCCUGAUGGAGAUGAUGACUAUAGCAGGAUGGAGUUUGGUCGAAAACGAAAAGCUAGAAGAGGCACUGAUUCAGAAGUUCGAGAAGAGAUGGACGAUGAAAAGAACAUACAGACCCACAGGAGUUCAAGAAAACACAAAAAGGAAGGAUCAUCAACUGAUCCUGAUUCUGAUCGAAGCAGGAGAGGAAAACGACGUCGAAGAAGCUCGAGAAAUGGCAUCGGUAAUGGAAAGAGAGAGAAUGAAUCAAGUGAUGAGGAGAGUUCAGAUAGAGAAGAAACACACAGAGAGAGACGUCAUCGCCAUGAAAGAAGAAGGUCACGACACUCACACGACCAGACUCCUAAGGUAUCAGAGGAAAUCGAAGGCUCCGAGUAUGAGCGUUGGAGACCAAGUGUGAUCUAAACAAGAUAUCAUCAUUUCUCCAUUGUAAAUAGGGAAUAUAAAUAUUGUAGUUUAAUUUACUUGCGAGUUUUUUGUUAGCGUUUUUUUUUUUGGUCAACA